UCCCAUUCUUGCUGCAGCGUUUAUGGCAUGCAACAUGGCAAGGGCUUCAGCGUGAAGUGCGUUGGAAACAUGCUCCAGGUUUCCUGCUCCUGCAGCAAAAACUCACAUGGGGGAGGAGACCAUCUGUGAUUAGUUGCUUGCUUCUGGCUUCCGGCAAGGGACUAUCAAUGUGCUCCAAAGAAAGAACUAUCAGGGACCGAGAAUCGAGAGGAAGAUAUCGGCCAGUGGAAUUGCUGUCAGAGGGAGCGCCACCAGAGGAAGCUGAGCUAGAUGAAGAGCUGUCAGAGGAAGAUGGGCUACAGGAAGAUUUGUCUGUGGGACCGGGGGAAGAUGAGUUGGAGGACGAGCUGUCAGAGGGAGAGUCACCAAAGGAAGAUGAGCUAGAGGAACACCCUUCAGAGGAGGUACCAGAGGAAGAUGAGCUAGACGAAGAUCAGUCAGAGGCUUUUGAGAACCUUAUGUUGCUGAAGAUGAUUAAUUUCAGGGGGCACGACAAUGAGAUGCGGCUGGUAAGGCUUGUGCUGAAGAAGUCUCCUCGUCUCAACCAGCUGAUACUAUUUACUCCCACAAUUAAUCACCAAAAAGGGUCACGGUCAAGAAAAAAUCAGCCCAAAGGGCUCAAGAAGGAUCACAUGGAUACACCCCAAUUUAUUGAAACAAAACUAUUGUCUCUCAGAAAGGCCUCGCCGAAUGCUCAGAUAAUUCUCAGUGAGCCUGAUGAUAGUGCAAUCGAGCCGUUGCACUGUGAGGGUUUUGUCAAGGUUGAAUGAUUUGUUAGUAGUGGAUUUUUAGCAGAUAAUGUGAAAUUAUCAGAGUACCAACUGUUCUGUAAGAUGAAGGACAAGUUAAAUCUUCAAGGUAGGCAGGAUGUUGUAUUCUGUAGUCCAUGAAGGAUCAUGGAGUAUUACUGUGUGGCCUUCAUAUUUUGCACCUUAACUGCUGAAGACUAUUGCAGAUACCAUGUUUAUCCACUGUGGACAAACUGAUCAUGAUUCAGUGCAACAGUAGGACAAGAAUUUGUUAAGAAAAUACUGUAGGAGCCUGACACUUGCUAUGCCCUAUCUUCACUCUCCUCAAUCUUCAUUUAGUUCAUUGAUGUAAUCAGUUGGAGCGACAGUAAUAGUUGCAAUCUUUGCUCUCCUCAAUCUUCAUUUUGUUUA